CCCCCUUUGCCGGCAAUAGUACCUCCUUCUCGGCCAUACCUACUAGCUGUUAGUCCCAGCGCAAGACUCUCAAUCCUCCCCCAGCCGCUUUUGCUCCUCUCGCCCCCCCCCCAAAUCUCCAUUCCGUCGCGGAUCUCAUUUCCACGACGCCCAAUUCUGCGUCUUCAAACCUGCGCACCAACUCUUUCCUUGGUCAUCUUCUCUUCUCUUGUUUGCGAUUAUUUGUUUGUGUCUCGUCUUGAAUUGCCCGUCAUUGGCAUUCAUCCUCGCCUAGCAGGCCGUAUUCUAUAUACCUACCAUUCUGCAUCGUUGGCGACUCCAGGCACGCAGCAUAUACGCGAAUCAUUCAUUUACGCCUUAACAAGUUUCUUCUUUUAA